UAAAAGCGCGUGCAAUUGCGACUUUCAGAUAAAUCUCCGACUCGAUUUUACGAUCCGCCGACGCAUCGGCUGUCUAUUCAAAUUUUAUAGCUCCGCAGUUGGUGGCACAAAGCACUUGACUCAUGCGUCCACUUCCGCUCCUGACCGGACGACGGGGGAUCGGGCUCGGAUUCGGGUUUGUUGUGACAACAGUUCGUGGGCAAAGACAACAAGCCGAUCUGCGGGUGUCAUAACCACUCAUACUCGUACUCGGGCUCCAGAUGUUGCGCACAAUUAUCAUAUCAGCAGCACAUCAUUUGCGACUAAGUGAAAAAGCAGAUUGCCUGGCGCACGCUGCGUCUUCCUUAAUAAGCGGCCACCCCCGAGUCCGAGAUCUCAGUAUUUGCUUGGCCCUAGAAGUGAAGACAGCCGGAAUGAAGAACUCCCACGCGAACGCAGACUACGAGUCUUGCUACUACGAGGACAUUACAAAAUCGUGGCUCAAUCAAACCGAGGGAUACGCGGACUGCAGCUAUGGAUACGUUCAAGGUGUAACUUCAGCCUACAUGGAUUGCAAUAAAAUAGAGGCCAAUUGGUGCAGCGAAGCCAGCGCUCAGUGGUUACAGAACGAGGCAGUUGCUGGCCAGGAUCUUCCAAGACAAGACCUUCCCAAACUGCGAAACACUUCCUCGAAUCGCAAGGAACGCACAGCCUUUUCAAAAAUGCAGCUCAAGGAGUUGGAAGCCGAGUUCUGCUACUCCAACUACCUGACCCGUCUGCGUCGCUACGAGAUCGCAGUUGCCCUGGAGCUGACGGAGCGGCAGGUAAAGGUGUGGUUCCAGAACCGCCGCAUGAAGUGCAAGCGCAUCAAGCAGGAGGAGCAGGGCAGCGCCAUCAAAACUCACUUCUAGU